AAAAAUGCAGUGACGUGUGAGAGUUCCGUCAGUGUGGCGGCGUCUGACAUCGCUCCCACCCGGGACAUCCGCUGCUCGACUGUGGUCGCUCCAAGAGAGACAAGCUAGGAUGCGGACGAUGAACGAAACACUCCGCGCGGGCUUGAGGGACAACAUUUUGUUUUCCCACAACCGCGACAAGACUCGUUGGAUUGCAUUGUGAGGAGGGCAAAGCGCGCAGCUUUCCUCUGUCGCUCGAUCUGCGUGCGUGCGUGCAGCAGCAGCAGCAGCAGCCAGGCGAGAAUCGCCGACCGCGCCCGCGCCUUCUUCUCGCUGCACGGCCAGCUUCCGACUCGUGUGCAAGCUGCUGCGAUGUUUUUGACAAAGAGCAACUUGGAUGAGAGCGCUCGACGGCGGUGAGGAUCGGGAAGGGAAGCUGCGCUGUUUACCGGGGAGAGAGGAGAGGAGGAGUUGCAGCAAGGGGGAGCUCGGGGGAAAAAACCCCGCAGGCUUGGAGACUGUGGAGAUGCCCGUGAGCGAGGACGGAACGCGAGCAAUGUGUCGGUGCAAUUAGCGGACUACAGAAGGCCUUGAUUUCAUUCAGUCCGGUGAUGUGGACUAAAAGCAGCGGGCGACGACUCCGCUGCUAGCCGACUGCAACAUGAGGAAGAGGAGGUACGCAGCACUGCACAUCUCGUGAGUCCUCCACAUCCUCAUCAUUUAUUUAGCCGUCCCCACCCACUUCUCCUCCCGCUGACUGUCACACUCAGCCUGUCUGCAUCAUCCCUGAGCCUGCACGGGCGCUUUGCCCAUCAAGCCAUUCUACGUGCAUCCCAAAAGUAGCCCAGGCAGGACCAGAUUAGAGGAGGGGAGCCCUCUCAUAUCCUGAAGGGAGCAAGACGUAGAACUCGCUUAUCUCCAAAGAGAAACUGCUCAAGUCUCCAGUUGCCUUCUUAGUGCCACACUUGACCUCAGUGACGCGACCUUCCAAAGACUCCAACCACGUCAUCUGCCAGCUCAAGCAACUUUGACUUUUUGGGCAACCAACCACAUGUUUGAGGCGACUCAAUGUGAGCGCCUCCGCCUGUUCCCGCAAGGCCGACCUUCACCAUGCAGUGGCGACGGCGACAUUGCUGUCCCCUCAAGAUGACGUGGACGGCCAAGCGCUCGCUAUUCCGGACUCAUGUGGCGGGCCUCCUCUCGCUGGCGCUGCUCUUCACCCUCUUCUCCUUUUUCAGUCGCCAGGACUGGCUGCCCGGCCGUAGCGGGCCACGGGAAAACCCGCUGGCCUACACCGUCAGGGGUUUCCGCAACGCCAGGGGGGAGGCCAACCAGAGCAGCUCCCUCAGGAGCCUUUGGCGGGAGGCAGGUGUCGUCGCGCCCAAGCCCCCUCCGCUCAAUCUCAGUUCUCAGCCUGCAGAAGGGUUGGCCGGGGAGGCGGGAGGAGGACUCGGUGGAGGCGGGGCAGCUCGCGUGGCCGUCAUGGGACUGGGAGACUCCAUGAGCACCAACAACAGUUUACAGAAGGAGAUGGACGUGGGAGGGAAGCUAAGCGCUCAGCCCUACCGUUACAUCCUCAACCAGCCUUUCAAGUGCAGCGACAGCACCCCCUUCCUCGUCCUGCUGGUGGCCACCGAGCCGGGCCAGGCCGAUGCCCGCAAGGCCAUCCGCCAGACGUGGGGCAACGACAGUGUGGCCAUGGGCCUGGGCUUUGUGCGACUCUUCCUGCUGGGCGUGGGCGAGAGCUCGGACGCCUCGCUUCAGAGUAGCAUCGAGGAGGAGAGUCGCCUUUACCGAGACAUCAUCCAGCAAGAAUAUCGAGAUACCUACUACAACCUGACCAUCAAAACCUUGAUGGCCAUGAACUGGGUGGCCACGUAUUGCGCACACGCCUCGUACGUGAUGAAGACAGACAGCGACAUGUUUGUCAACACAGAGUAUCUCAUUCAGAAGCUGCUGAAGCCCGAGCUGCCUCCCAGGCGCAGGUACUUCACAGGCUACCUGAUGAGAGGGUACGCGCCCAACAGAAACAAGGACAGCAAGUGGUACAUGCCGCCCGAGCUGUACCCAAGCGAGCGCUACCCAACCUUCUGCUCCGGCACGGGCUACGUCUUCUCGGGGGACAUGGCGGAACUCAUCUACCAGGCCUCGCUGGGCAUCCGCAGGCUCCACCUGGAGGAUGUCUACGUGGGGAUCUGCCUCGCCAAGUUGCGCAUCGACCCAACUCCGCCUCCCAAUGAAUUUCUCUUCAACCACUGGAGGGUGUCUUACUCCAGUUGUAAGUACAGCCACCUCAUCACCUCGCAUCAGUUCCACCCAAACGAACUGGUCAAGUACUGGAACCACUUGCAGAGCAACAAGCACAACGCCUGCGUUAACACGGCCAAGGAAAAGAACGGCAGGUACAGGCAACGGCGCUUCCACGGAGAGCGGCCUCCUUGAUGACAACGUUGACCUCGGCGUAAGAAAAGCACAUUGGUUUUGCUAUCGUGUACAGUCGAUUUGAAAUUUUUUUUAUUAUUUUGAGAGAAAUGUCAAGUAUUGUAUAUAUGGUGCAAUGACAGACGCAUCUGUGUUAUGGCGCACGGGCUCAGCGUGGCGGAGAAAAAGUAUUCCACACGGAUAAAUCUAAGCGUCAAAAGAUGUCGCCAAUGUGUUUACACAGACAAAGGGAAAUGUACACGUCUUUGGUUGCAGGUCAUACUACCUAAACAUGAAUGAAAAUAUCUUUGGCAUUGUCCACUCCUUCUGACCUCUUUCUGUCUUUCUGUCAGUGUUUACGUUCCAGUUGCAUCAAAUGCCACAAAUUCUAAAAGUUUAUCUGCCAUAUCCUGUAUUUUAUCUACAAAAAUAAACAUGAAAGCACACAAAAAA